AAUAUGAUAUCUCGACCAUAACAGCCGGCUGGCCCCUGUACUCCUUCCUUCGAGACAGCAAAGGAACCGAAACAGCCGUCCACCUUUCCAACUGACAUCAAUAUGAAGCUUCUUGUGUUUUUCCUUUCCCAACUGGCCUUUGUCUUAUGUGUUGAAAACAGGACAUUAUCCCAGUACAUCCACGAUCAUAGCCAGUUCAGCAUCCUAGAUGAACUUUUAAACCAUGCUCACCUCAGUGCAACACUCAACAGUCCGGGUACGUUUACCAUUUUCGCCCCGACCAAUGACGCAUUCAACAAACUGCCAGCCGGACUCCUCGAUAACCUGAAGGGAGUGGACACAGUAGCCCUCGUGAACCUCCUCAAGUAUCACGUGACUGCUGGUAUCCUGAUCGCCCCUCUCCUUAGCAAUGGCAUGACCGUGACCUCCCUGGAUAACCGCACGAUCCACGUCAACAAGUACCCGAACGGGGCGGUGGUUUUAGAAGGCUCCACCGUAACCGGAGGUGACAUCAUCGUGACGAACGGAGUCCUCCACGCUGUCAGUAGUGUCAUGUUUCCCGCUGUUUUGUCUAUUGCCCAGUAUAUGGGGAAGGACGAAAGCGAAUACAUUGAUCUUUACUCGGCUCUCAUCUUCACGGACCUGGAACAAGCUCUAGACUCUAAGGGAACUUUCACCGUAUUUGCCCCGAACAACCAGGCUUUUAACCAGGCGCUCGGCACUCUCCAGACAGUCGCCUCCGACAAGAAUACCUUCGCAGACAUUCUGAAAUACCACGUGGUCCCCCAGACUCUGUUCUCAGCCGGACUGACGGACGGUCAAACCCUUACCACUCUCCAGGGAACAGACCUCGUCGUCCACAUCGACAGCACUGGUGUCCACAUCAACAACGCUUUGGUCCUGAAAGCUGACCAACCGAUGACCAAUGGUGUCAUCCACAUGAUCAACACUAUCCUGACCCCGCUGUAACCUGUUAAUAAACAUAUUUGUAACUUGUG